CGCGCUGCGUGUAUGGAGGAAGCAGCUGCUGAUCUGAUCUCUGACAUUGUGUGAGACAGACAUCUGAAUAAACUGCGCACAGACGUGUCUUUAAACAUACCGCACCGAGGCACGCCGUGCAUGAUUACCUCUUUGAUUUAAUGGGUCCAAUCAUUGGGAUGUCACCAGAUAAGAAAACGGAAAUUCCGGGUAUGCAAGAGGAGCGGACAGGGCUCAGAGGUGUUUGUGGUGUGGGAACACUGCCUGAGGCAGAGUGUGCAUCCAGUCCGCUGGCGACCAGUGUGGAUCGUACUGGAGGUACCGAGGAUGAGGAGCUCACCAACCUCAACUGGCUGCACGAGAACCUGCUUCAGAACUUCACUCUGGGAGGUCCGGAAGCUCAGCCCAGUGGCAGUCCUUUCUUCGACAUAGAGGGAGACCUCGGGUCCAACCAGGGCCCGUCAUCCUCCUCCUCAUCUUCGUCACACGGCAGAGGCAGGGAGCGGGACUCAUUGAAGUCUAAGCCCCCUUUCUCGUUUUCUCUCCUCAUCUACAUGGCCAUUGAGCAGUCCCCCAGCAAAUCUUUGCCUGUGAAAGAAAUCUACGGCUGGAUUCUCGAGCACUUCCCUUAUUUUUCCAAUGCUCCCACUGGCUGGAAGAACUCAGUUCGUCACAACUUGUCCCUGAACAAAUGCUUCCGCAAGGUCGAGAGGAGUUUGGGAAAGGCCAAUGGAAAAGGUUCGCUCUGGUGUGUUGAUCCCGAGUACCGCCCCAACCUGAUCCAAGCCCUUAAGAAGCAGCACUUCCCUGCCGCACAUGCCUUCUGCACACCACCCGCCUCCCCACCCAGUGCCUCCUCACCCCCUCGCCAUCUCUUUCUACAAGGCUGCUCAUUCAAAGAGUCUGACAUUGAUGCUGCCACUGCCAUGAUGCUCUUAAACUCUGCCCCCGGGCACCACGUUGACCCAUGCAAUUCUGACAGCCCACUGGACCUCUCCCGACCCGACUCUGUCCUGGUGAGCAGCGAUCCAAAGCAGGACCACAACUACAGCAGCGUAGCCCUGCAGCGCUGCUCCUCCCGUUCCUCUUCCUCGUCUCUCUCCUCCUUGGACGAAGGAGGCUGCGACCGCAGGCAGUCCCACCGCGCCGGCAGCGAGGGCUUCCACAGCGACGAGGACUCCGACCUUUGGGAUGAGAGGGGCGUCCACCAGACUUCUCGACGUCCGCCCGCCAUCAAGUGGCCCGCCGGAAAGAGGGCACGGCGCGAGAUCAAGCCAGAGCUGGAUGAGGAGCUGAAGGAAGCCGCUGGCUCCUUGCUGCACCUCGCUGGUAUACGCAGCUGCACGGAGGGCUCCAAACGCACUGUCAAGAGCACAAAACUUAACAGGAAAUGAAGAUUAUUUUUGCCCCCCCAUCAGACUCCGGACCCUGUGAACCCUAACCUCUGACCCCUGAUCGUGUGUCCCAGUGUGCCUCCUUCUCCUUAUCUGAUCGUUCAUUGGCCAUUUUGAGCCUUUUUUUGUUUGGGAAUAUCCCUGUCCAACAAAACAAAUGGCAAUAGUAUCGUUCACACAGGAGAACAAAGCCAUAUAGAGACUUUUGUAUCUCGGGGGUGACUGCUGGGGGUGGGUGUUUGGGCUAUGGAGAACCAUCGAGAAACCUAUCCAAAACGACCUGCCUGCUUCUGUUGGAUUAGAAGAUUGCGAUUCAAGAAUUCUCUCUGAAAGACAAAACGGGAAAAGCUGAAGGUUUUAUAACUCAAGCGUUGCAUGCUUCCUCCUCAAACCUGUAUCCUCUUCCAAGUGAAUCUAUUUAUGAAGCGAAUGAGUGCAUGUUUGUAACAGACAAAACCUAACCUCCUGGUGUUAUCAGUUUCUCCUUUUUGUGCUAAAGAAAAAAAAAUGCCACUGUUUUGAAAGGAAUUCUCGCUCCACAAAUCCUCUUGAAAGAGAGAUGCAAUAAUUAAUCCACAACCCUUAACUUUUUUUGACUUUAUUUCAUGGUGGCAUUUGUCAGAGUUGAGUACGCUAGUUAAACUUUACAAUUAAGAGAAUGAAUGGAGUAGUACUAUGAUCUUGUUAUGCGAUAAACUUAUUACACACGAGCUCUGGCUCUAUUUCAGGAUUAGCAAGAUGUGGAAAUAGUAUUACUCUGCCACUGCCAAAUUUAGUUGCAAAGUUAGCUAUACUACUUCGCUCAAUUUUGUGCGGCCAUUACAGUGCUAUACAAAUGAAAGCUGUUUUGUUUUUUCCUUUGCAAAUCAACUGCUCAUCCUGUCAAUCCCUUUCAUUCAUCAGUGUGUUUUUUUGACAUUUAUUGUGCAGACAUAUAUUCACGUUUGGUGACAGCCUAUGCAAAGUGAACAUCUGCCACAUGUUGCCAGAUGUUCACUGCGUGUUAUAGGUUAUCCUCCAUAGAUUAAUUUUAUUUGUGUGUGUGUGUGUGUGUGUGUGUGUGCGCGCGCGCGCGUGUGCGUGUGUGUGCGUGUUUCAUAGUGCAUGUCGACUUCAUCUUCAACCUGAGAUGGUGGUCGGGACAGAAAAGAGUUUGAAACGGUCAGACUCGUUCCCUCUGCUGACAAAGUAGUCGUACUGCUCCAAUGAAUGUGACUGGUAUAAUGAAAGAUCUGCCUGCUACAGCUGUAUUGUAGGGCUGCUUGGUACUCUGCUUGCUUCUGGUCCUUUUGAAUGCAGAGCUGGUUGAUAGUCAGAAACAGGAGCGGACAGUAAAUUGCCAUAGCUUCUUGCUCCAUUGUUUGGGUUUGCAGUUUGAUUAUACCUCCGUGUGUUCUCCUUGUUUUUUUUAUUUUUAACAGUGUACUUUAGAAAAUUGCAAAAUUAUACAGCUAAUUCUCUGAUGGCUGAUCCUGUGGCAAAGUUAAUUCACAACUUGAGGGAGGGUGUUUCUGUUCUGGUUCAAAUGGAUAAAAGGCACGGAUCGUAGUGCAUAUUCACGUGUGAAGAACAAGAAGGGGACGGUGUAGUCAUGGCCAGAGAGAACUGGACUUUGUAUGUGCAGUCGCUCGCAGGCGAGAUGUUGGAAGACCUGUGCUGCUCUCAUGUUGUGCCCUCAGUUCUGGCUGGCCACUAGUGUUUCGUCCUCGCUCUUCCUCCCCUAGAACAAAAUAAGGAAGUGCACGCUCUCUUCUCAAGCUGUGAAAUGGAGUGUUUAUUGUCAGUUGAUUGCAUGCAGUUCACCGAGGGGAAGUUGUGAGCCACUUGUGUAAAAGGCCACAAUUCUCAUUUGAGCUUUUAAAAAGGCUGCAUGCUCGCAGCGUACAAUACAAGGUAGCAUGGAAGCUCACAGUAGUAACAAAAUGAUUUCUUCCCACAGAUCACACUGUUAGUAUAGCAUGCAUGAUCAGUGCCAAACAUUUUCUUGUGCCACUGAUGUAAAACUGCAAACGGCCAUGGUCACUGUAUUUCCCUGCUGCCACAGUGUAGUUGUGAUUUAAGAGUAACGAUGCCCAAGUUUACUGACUCAUUCGUACAGGAAAUGGGAGAGGACUCCGGUCAGUGCAGUGACUUAACCAAUCUUUGGUUUAUUUUUGUCGCUUUAGAGUGGGAACUGCUCCUAGCAGAGUACGCUUCAGUUCUCAGAAGUAAUACUUGCAUACACUGGUCUUGUUUAGCUGUGAAAAAAAGAACAAAUUAUUGUUCAUUAAUCAUCACCUUAUUUAUGACAUUAAUUUAUGGGAUUAUGAAUGCAUACUCUAUCAAACACUGGUCAUUUGAAAUGAGUGACUGGGCACAUUUAUUUUUCUCCCUCUGUGAACUCCUCUUAAUAAGUAUUUUGUUUUUCUCCUCGUUUUAUUUUAAAGCAAUACACCUUUUUUUCUGUCACUAUGUUAUAGUGAUUAAGUAUUUUGCCAAUGUCUGUCUAUAGAGCGGGUGUUUUUUUUUUUUUCUCUCCCAAUUUAACCAUGACUGCCAGGUUUUCUUGAUGUUUUGUUUUGCUUUUUUGUUAGGCUGGAUAGAAGACAGUUUUAUUAACAUUGAUCCUGAAACCUUUUGUUGCCAAAAUUGUUGUUCAGCUGGGGUAUUAAAUUUAAGAUCGAAACAUUCCCCACGUACUGUAGAAAUUCUUUGAGGAUGAUUGAAUAAUUUUUUAAAAAAAUUUGUCUCAUGUUUAUGUUUAGAUAAUAUGACUAAGUAGUCACAAUUUGAAGAUUAGCUCUCGAUCUCAUCACAGAUUAGAAUCUUUUAAAAGAAACGACUGCCAUUCAUAACUCAUGCUUCCAGGUAUUGUUGUGGGAUGUUGAGAUGUUUAGAAUAUCAGUGAAAACUGGAUCAGACUCAGUCCCCAGGCUGCUGCUGCAUAGUCUCAGACCUACAUUUAAGUAUAACGACAACUGCAGAGAAAUUAUAGAGAGACUCGUUGAGGGAAAUGUCACUCUUUUUUCUGUAGCACUUGCAAAUGAAGCGUUAUGUUGGUCUCUAAGUGACACUGAGUCAGAUCUGUGGAUGAGCUACCUAAACAUUUUGGGGUCGGGCUUACCCAACUCAAACCCCAGUUGCUUUAUCGCUCAACGGCUGUUAUUAAAUAUUGAUUAUGUGAUUCUCAAAAUUCUGUUGCAGUUCCUAAGGGUAUGAUGAACAUUUUGUUGCAUUUGACAAAGCUGCCAACCCAGUAUCAGUUUGUGUCAGUUGUCUGCCAUGUCUAUUGGACCGACACACCUUUUGGUUUUUGUAUGCUAACCUCUGUUGAUAAAAUGUUUAUAAGAUUUAUUUUCGCCAAAGAUAUGCAAUUGCAUUAUAUAUGGUAUUACAAAAUAUUAAUAAAAACCUGUUCUUGUUAUUAC